AUGAGGCGCGGCCCUAGGGCGGCCCUGGUUCUGGGGCUGCUGCACGUUUACCUGGCACAGGCCAAUUUUGCCCCUCACUUCUUUGACAAUGGAGUGGGCAGCACUAAUGGAAACAUGGCCCUCUUCAGCCUCCCAGAAGACACUCCUGUAGGUUCUCACGUGUACACCCUAAAUGGGACUGACCCCGAGGGAGGCCCUGUCUCCUACCACAUCAGCUUCGACCCCAGCACCAGAAGUGUCUUUUCUGUUGAUCCUAGUUUUGGAAACAUCACCCUAGUGGAAGAGCUGGACAGAGAGAAGGAAGAUGAGAUCGAAGCCAUCAUCAGCAUUUCUGAUGGCCUCAACCUGGUGGCAGAGAAAGUUGUGAUACUGGUGACAGAUGCCAAUGACGAGGCGCCUAGGUUCAUCCAGGAGCCCUACAUGGUCCUGGUUCCAGAGAACACACCAGCUGGGAGCAGCAUCUUUAAGGUCCACGCAGAGGACAAGGACACGGGCUCUGGAGGCAGUGUCACCUACUUCUUACAGAACCUCCACUCCUCCAAGUUCACCAUGGACCGCCACAGUGGUGUGCUGCGUCUCCAGGCUGGAGCCACACUGGACUACGAGAAGUCACGGGCUCAUUUCGUCACUGUGGUCGCCAAGGAUGGUGGUGGCAGGCUUCGAGGGGCUGAUGUGGUGUUUUCAGCCACCACCACAGUCACCAUCAACGUGGAAGAUGUUCAGGACACGGCACCCAUUUUCGUGGGUACACCUUACUAUGGCUAUGUUUACGAGGAUACCCUUCCGGGCUCGGAAGUGCUGACCGUGGUGGCCAUCGAUGGAGACCGAGGCAAACCCAACCGCAUACUCUACAGGCUCUUGAACGGUAAUGAUGGAGUUUUUGCAGUUAAUGAGACAUCUGGAUCCAUCUCUGUCCUUCAGAGCCCCGCGCAGCUCCGGAGAGAGGUGUAUGAGCUUCACGUCCAGGUGACAGAGGUCAACUCUCCAGGAAGCCCAGGUGCUCAGGCCACGGUCCCAGUCACCAUCAGGAUUGUGGACCUCAACAACCACCCCCCAACCUUCUAUGGAGAAAGUGGGCCCCAGAACAAGUUUGAACUGUCCAUGUAUGAGCACCCACCUCAGGGGGAGAUCCUCCGUGGACUCAAGAUCACUGUCAACGACUCUGACCAGGGAGCUAAUGCCAAAUUCAACCUACGGCUGGUGGGACCUGGAGGUAUCUUCCGAGUGGUACCACAGACAGUACUGAAUGAAGCCCAAGUCACCAUCAUAGUAGAGAACUCAGCUGCCAUUGACUUUGAAAAGUCUAAGUUGUUAACCUUCAAGCUCCUGGCCAUUGAAGUGAAUACCCCAGAGAAGUUCAGUUCCACCGCAGACAUUGUGAUCCAGCUUCUGGACACCAAUGAUAAUGUCCCCAAGUUCACCUCUCACUACUACAUUGCCAGGAUCCCAGAGAAUGCCCCAGGGGGUUCCAACGUGGUGGCUGUCACAGCUGUGGAUCCAGAUACAGGACCAUGGGGCAAAGUUCAGUACUCCAUAUACGGGACUGGGUCAGACCUAUUCUUGAUUCAUCCAUCAACGGGGCUUAUCUACACUCAGCCCUGGGCCAGCCUGGAUGCCGAGGGCACGUCAAGGUACAACUUUUACGUGAAGGCUGAAGACAUGGACGGGAGGUACAGCCUGGCAGAGGUGUUUGUCACUCUGCUGGACGUCAAUGACCACUACCCUCAGUUUGUGCAGAGCAUCCAGGAGAAGACGAUGGUGCUGGGAACCCCAGUGAAAAUUGAGGCUACGGACAAGGAUGCAGAGGAACCAAACAACUUGGUAGACUACUCCAUUACCCGUGCAGAGCCAGCCAAUGUGUUUGACAUUGAUGCUCACACGGGAGAGAUUUGGCUCAAGAAUUCCAUCCGCUCCUUGGAGGCUCUCCACAACUUCACACCCAGUGGGGACUUCUCAUGGUCCCUACAGGUGCAGGCCAAGGACCGAGGCUCCCCGUCUUUCAGCACAACAGCCUUACUUAAGAUCGACAUUACAGACACAGAGACACUCUCCCGAGGUUCCAUGGCUGCCUUCCUCAUACAGACCAAGGACAACCCCAUGAAGGCUGUAGGUGUGUUGGCUGGCGUCAUGACUAUUGUUGUGGCCAUAACUGUCCUCAUCUCCACCGCCACCUUCUGGCGUAACAAGAAGUCCAACAAGGUCCUGCCUGUGAGACGUGUGCUCCGUAGAAGGCCCAGCCCUGCACCCCACACAAUUCGCAUAGAAUGGCUCAAAUUCAGGAGGGCCAAGGCUGCUACCAAAUUCAUACUCAAAGAGGAGCCUCCCAGUGAGAACUGCGAUACCAGCAGGGCAGAAACCACAGUGCCCCCCAGAGCUCCAGCUCUCCCGCCACCCCCCAAAAUGGUACCUAGUACAGUGGCCCAACGGACAGUGCCUACUGUCUCUGGAUCCCUUGCCCCACAGCCGCCCCAACAGAUCCCCAACCACAAGCACUUAGGAGGCCCCGUUCAGUCCUCUCUGGUCUCUGAGCUCAAGCAGAAGUUUGAGAAGAAGGGUCUUGACAGCAAGGCUUACUUCUAG